AGAUGGUCGAGAUGCGCCUGUCAGCGGUUGUAUGCUGCUCCCUCGCGGCCGGCGUAGCGAGCGCUUCGCGGCAGGGAAUGGCGCUGAUCCCCGGGUCCUCCUCCCGCGGCUUCGGGCUGCUGGCUCGGCAGAACCCCUUCUGCACCACGGAGAGCACCUGCGCCGAGUGCUUCGGCGAGGGCUACGUUGUCUGCGACGACAUUGGGUGCUUCAAUCCGGACGAGUACGACCAAUGCUGUGCCGGCGCCGUGAUCUGCGUCGGCAAGGAUAACAGCUGCUGCAAGGGUUGGGGCGGACCGGGAGUGACGGGCAAGGCCGGCGUCCCCACCGGCACCACGCCGGCGACGGCGACGCCGACCGACGCCGACGCCGACACCGGGUCGUACAGCUCCUACCGCGACGACACGGGCGAGGAGUGCUGCCAGCGGGCGCCCAACCCCCCCUUGCACUGGUGCUCGGGCAACUUCCCCAACUUCCGCUGCUACAACCCCAAGAACCAGUUCUGCUGCACCAACGGCAAGGUCUGCGACGAGAAGGACUGCUGUGCGCUCUUUAACGAGUCGACUACCCACCCCUGGUCUUCGGCCCGCUCCUCCACCGCUGGCCCCUCCUCCUCCUCCUCCUCUUCUUCCUCCCCCGCUACAGGCACGGUUACUCAGGCGCCAACGUCUGCCACGGCGGCUGCCACUGCUGACUCCUCGUCGACGUCAACGACAAGCACCGGCGCAGGUUCCGUAUCCGGACCGAGUUACAUUGCUCUUGGGCUCGCUGCUCUGGGUCUCGCCCUGUCCUACUGAGAGAGUCGUGUUGAUAGUGGUUGGGUCUCCACCUGUGCCGACGUGAUAUCGGACCUGUAGAUGAUGGGAGCAUACAUGGUUGCGUCCAGUAUACAAUGUUGUGUAAUAAUAUAUCAUGGAACCUCCGG